CUCUGCCCUCUCUCACCCUCAUCCUCACCCUCUCACGCACGCUACCAAUCCAAUCUCUUCACUGCUUCUGCUCCAUCCAAUUCACUCCUCGACACCAAUUACCAAUCACCACUCCAACCGACCAAAUUGGCGUGCUCAAGACCCGAUUGUCUGGCCACGAGGCUUCCACCCCGCCUGCGCCGCAUCCCUACAUCACCAUUGAAUACAACACCACCGCCUCUCCCAGCUCCAUCGAGAAUACCCAAACCAACCAAGAAUCCCAAUCUUGCAAAACAACAAGAUCCGUAUAUCGAGCGACUUCCAACCCCCGACUCUUUUUGCGCAUGAUUCCUGCGCAAGCGCAUUUCGAAAACAUCGUGUUGCGGUCCACGGGGCGCAGAGUGGAGGCAGCAAGCAUUGGUAACGUCCAGAGGAAGCAGAGAAAGAGACCAUGUCGGGUUUCCUGAGCAAGUUCAAAGGGGCCGCGACGGUGAGUGGCAUAUGGCUGAGUGUUGCUGGUUCUGUAUUCAUUGGCCGGAUUACAGUCAUCAUAGCAAUAUUAUACUCCGAACUUGAGACUGAUGUCAUGCUAGGGAACAACAAGUCCAGGCGUUGCCUCUCCGAAAAGCAAGAAAGAUGUCGAACCAGAACCAGAGAUCACGGCGUUGGCAAAGAUGCUACUCCAUGCUGGUCCAAUACGAGGGGAUGGAAGUGACAAGUUUUUUGGCUUAGAGAAUGUACGUACGCCUAUGUUUUCCUCGGUAAUAAUUGCUAAUAUGCCACAUAGUUUGGCAAUACAUGGUUCGGUGAUUGGAAAUUUCCCUGCUGACGAGAGCUAAUUCUUCCAGUUAUUGUAACUCGAUAGUCCAAGCCUUAUACUACUCGGUACCUUUCCGAGAGAACGUCGUGAAAUACCCUCCUCACUCGCCUCACGAUACGCCAAACGGAAAACCUGCGAUAGUGACGCCUAUAAGAGCACCAGUGCCGAACGGUGGAGCAAUUGGAACCCCCGGAAAGGCCAAAGGCAUAUCAGCAGCUGAAGCAAUGAAACGAAGGGCAGCUAUAAAUGCAGGCCAACCAGUUCCCGUAGGUCCAGGACUACGACCGGAAGACAAACCAGAUUCUCCGGAAUAUAAGAAGAAGCAUGCGAUGCUUGCGGGACCAAUUUUGGAGUUGACAUACGAAAAUGCCGCAUCAUACGGCAUGGAGGAAUCAAUAUUUACCGCACUAAAGGAUAUCUUUAUGGCUCUGGUCGCAAACCAAUCACGAACUGGUGUAUUAAGUCCUCAGCGGUUUUUGGAGAUAUUCAAGAUGAAUAACGAGAAUUUCCGGACCUCCAUGCAUCAAGACGCUCACGAAUUUUACGGACUUGUCUUGAAUGCAGUCAUUCAAGACGUCGAGGCAAAUGCCCAGAGACUGAAAGAAUUGGAACCAUCACGGAAUGAUGAGAGUCUCGCUCUAUCGAUGCAGAAUGCGGUGACAUCAGCAGUCUCUGCAAUGGGCUUGAAUUCUGGAACAAGAUCACCGGGAACUGGAUGGGUUCAUGAGAUUUUCGAGGGCGUUUUAACCUCCGAGACAAAGUGUCUAACUUGUGAGACUGCGUCACAACGAGAUGAGACAUUUCUGGACCUUUCGAUAGACCUGGAAGAACAUUCGUCGGUAACUUCGUGUUUACGUAAAUUCUCAGCCGAAGAAAUGCUUUGCGAGAGGAACAAAUUUCAUUGCGACAACUGCGGUGGUUUGCAGGAGGCCGAGAAGCGGAUGAAAAUAAAGAGACUGCCGAAGAUCCUUGCACUGCACCUUAAGAGAUUCAAGUAUACCGAGGACAUGAGUCGUCUGCAGAAAUUAUUCCACCGAGUCGUUUACCCAUACCAUCUACGGAUGUUUAACACUACAGAUGAUGCCCAAGAUCCCGAUCGCCUGUACGAACUAUAUGCCGUGGUGGUUCAUAUUGGUGGUAACGCUUAUCAUGGCCAUUAUGUUUCCGUCAUAAAAACUCAAGAUCGAGGUUGGCUUUUGUUUGACGAUGAAAUGGUGGAACCCGUUGAUAAACACUACGUUAGAAAUUUCUUCGGCGACAAGCCUGGUCAGGCAUGCGCCUAUGUGCUCUUCUACCAAGAGACAACGGUCGAGGCUAUGCGCCGAGAACAAGAAGCUGAAGGCCUGGCUGAAGUUGCACUUGCUUCCGAAGCAGCGGGAAUUCCUCUUCAGUCGGAUCCCCUCAAAAAUUCACAAGCCAAUGGAAUAUCAAGACAAACUACGUUCCCACUCACUCCAGCCGAAGAGCACGAUUAUCCGUCUUUAGAUCAUGCAAUUUCGUCCCCGCUGCCUACAUCACCACCACUUCCCAUUCACGAGACACCAAAAUCCAGUGCAACGAAACACAGGACUAAAGAAGAAAAGGAACGAGAGAAGAAGGAAGCAAAGGAAGCUGAGAAGGCGCGGAAGGCAGCAGAAAAGGAGAGAAUAAAGGCAGAGGAACAGAAACGAAAAGAUUUGGCCCAUUCUCGGAAAGAAUCCCAAAAGUUACAAGCAGACGAGGUGAAGCGAGCAUUGGCAGCAAGUAAGGCCUCAGCGGCUGAAGAUGAAGAAAAACGGAGAAUUACCGGAGAAGAAAGCUCGAAUGGGAAUGGGAUGGAAACUAUCAAGGAGAAUGGGCACGCUGAGAAGGAGAAAGAGAAAUCUUUUGUUCUUGGUACUCUAGGAAGAGCGCAUAAGGGUUCAAAGAGUAUGAGUCGGAAGAGUUUCGCUUUCUUGGGAGGAAAGAAUGGUGAAGCGAAGGCGGAGAAGCAGGCGCUGGUUGAGGAUUCAUCUAAUACGGCUGUCGAGGGCGUAUCGGGACCACAGACUCCCGAAAAGCAUUCUAAAUCUACCAAGGACCGGUUUAGUCUCAGUGGAUUGGGACGGAAGAAGAGCAAUCUGCUGAACUCUUGAGCAAAACAAGAGCUAAUUUCGAAAUGAAACGCAAAGCGUGAACGAGCCGAGCCAAAUUGAGGUUGUCGGUGAAGGGCACAAAGGCCAGUGAAGAGUGAAAUGGACGGACCUUGUAUUAUGACCAAACCUUCUUAUCGCAUUUUCCGGGAUGUUUUGGGGAUCUAAAAGCGCAAGAGAGGAUCAAGAUGAAUUAUCCCCAUUGUCAACGACACAGUUUAUGUUGGGUUCUUUUUUUAUACUUAUAUUUUUUUCUCCCCCUUUCUUGGGAUGGGACCUGCCCGAGAAGGGUGCAUUUUAUUUUUUUGAUGAUGGAUGGAUGGGUCGAGUACAUAUUUGGGAGUCGAAGAAAGACUUGGAUGAAUUGAAAGAAGGGGUUUAGUUGGGAGAUACCAAUUGUGAUUGCUUGUUGGUGAUGUUGAUUGGAGGUCUUUUUUGAUUCUUACUUAGUUCU